CCGUGGUGCACGAUUGUUGCUGUCGGAUAUUUUUUACAGCGUGCUGUUGCGUUGUGUUGUGCUCAUCCGUGCUCGACUCCAGCAGGUUUUUCCUUCCACGCAGCGUGGACGUGGAGAGUAAAGAGCGCGUUUCUUUAUAAGUCGUUUGUUCCUGUGUUUUUUUUCCUCCUCUCUCUCUUUUUUUUUGGGGGGGGGGGGGGGCGCCGCCAAUUGACGUUCUUUGUCCUCCAAGUCAGGAACGACAAACCGGGAUGUGCGCCGCUUAGAGAAAAAACCAAGCGUCCACAGCACCCAAAGGUGCCACCAGCAGCACAGCGGCGAGCGAGCAUGGACCGGAUCGGGGUGUCGUUCCUCGACCCUCUGGACGACUACGAGCUCAUCCACAGGAUCGGGUGCGGCACCUACGGGGACGUCUUCAAGGCUCGGAACAUCCGCACAUCUGAACUGGCCGCGAUCAAGAUUGUAAAGCUGGACCCAUGUGACGACAUCACAUCCAUCCAGCAGGAGAUCACCAUGAUGAGGGAGUGCAAGCACAAGAACAUUGUGGCCUACUUUGGCAGCUACCACAGGAACACUAAACUGUGGAUCUGCAUGGAAUACUGCGGGGGAGGCUCCCUUCAGGAUAUCUACCACAUGACAGGCCCAUUAAAGGAGAAACAGAUUGCGUAUGUGUGCAGAGAAACCCUCCAGGGUUUGUAUCAUCUGCACGAAACAGGCAAAAUGCAUCGAGACAUCAAGGGCGCAAACAUCCUUUUGACAGAAAGAGGGGACGUCAAACUGGCGGAUUUCGGUGUAGCGGCGGAGAUCAGCGCCUCCGUGGCCAAACGGAAGUCUUUCAUCGGAACACCCUACUGGAUGGCUCCAGAGGUGGCGGCAGUGGAGAAGAAGGGCGGAUACAACCACCUGUGCGACAUCUGGGCUGUCGGCAUCACAGCCAUUGAGCUCGCAGAGCUCCAGCCCCCCAUGUUCGACCUCCAUCCAAUGAGAGCUUUGAUGCUGAUGUCCAAGAGCAGCUUCCAACCCCCAAAACUAAAGGAGAAAACUAAGUGGUCUCCAGGCUUCCAAAGCUUCGUCAAGAUGGCACUCAUCAAAAACCCUCGUAAAAGGCCAUCUUCUGAGACGCUGCUACAGCAUCCAUUUGUGACACAAUUGCUGACCCGCAACCUAGUCAUCGAGCUGCUAGACACUGCUAACAACCCCGAGCUGCACAGCUCACACAGCAUGGACGACAAUGAGCUGGAGAUUGGGGUUGAGGCUCCGGACAAGAUCCAGUCAGCAGGGAAACACAUGCCUGUCGCGAGAACCGUGUCUGAAGAACAAUUUGACCAGGUGAAGUUUGGGCCCCCACUGAGGAAAGUCACCGAACCUUGCCCUGAUUUGGUCUCGUACGACGACGACUGGAGCUUGUCUGGAGAUGAAGACGAGUCACCGAGCCUGUUGGAAUGUGUGGAGCAAGCUCUGGAGCUGAGGAGUUUAACCAUAAGAAGGGCGCCCUCUACUGAUGGAGGGAGGAAGAGUGGUUUGUUCAGCCCAACGACAGCCUCCCUGCCUGCCUUUUGCUCUGCAAGCGUCAACACAGGCGACAGAGAUGUGACACAGAGGCCGAGCUGUACGCUGGGCCCGGACGCUUCCAUCGCCCCCGAUUCGACCGACUCUUCGGUUUUGGCCCGGUGUUCGGCCACGCAAGACGUCAGGCAGCGCUGCAGUGACCCGUGCCUGGCGGCCGGCGGCGCUCUGACGGCAGAGACGAGGAAAGCCGGCGCUGAAAAAGAAACGCCGCUUUCCCCUGAAUGGAGCACACUGAGAAAAAAGACUGAGGAGUCUAGGGCUGAUUUUCAUGGACUUCCUCCCACCCCUCAAGUUCAUAUGGGGGCUUGCUUCUCCAAAGUGUUUAAUGGCUGCCCUCUUAAAAUCCACUGUGCUGUCACCUGGAUUUUCCCCAGCACAAGAGACCAGUAUCUUAUUCUUGGAGCAGAGGAGGGAAUCUACACACUCAACCUGAAUGAACUUCAUGAAGAUACACUCGAGAAGCUGCUACCUCAGCGAUCCACAUGGCUGUACGUUAUGAACAACGUGCUGAUGUCCGUGUCAGGAAAAUCGUCGCAGCUUUAUUCGCACAGUCUGACCGCCCUUUUCGAGCAGAAAGGACAUUUGCCGAAAAAACACGGCAGUCUGUUGCUCGGCACGAGCCGCUUCACCGAGAGGAUCGGUACCAGGAAGUUUGCCUUAUCCGUGAAGAUCCCUGACACGAAAGGCUGCAGGAGAUGUAGCGUCGCUCGAAACCCAUACACAGACAGUACUUUUUUAUGCGGAGCGGUUCCGUCGGGCAUAGUUCUGCUCUUGUGGUACGAGCCCCUCCAGAAGUUCAUGCAUCUUAAGCACCUCGCGGCGAGGCUACCCGACUCCCUGGCGGUAUUUGAGCUGCUGGUGUUGGUCACCGAUGAGUUCCCUCAGUUGUGCGUCGGGGUGAGAGACAUCGCCAGUGGGAACCUCAAGUUUGAUAUCAUUGAGCUGAAUGGAACGCCCAUUUCAGAGCCAGAAAACGGGGCUGUCAAGGCAGUACAGGUCACCCAGUUGGACCGAGACACUGUUCUCGUUGCAAUAGAAAAAACUGUCAAGAUUGUAAAUCUACAGGGCCUUCCAUCCAAGGAGCUAGCUGCUGAAAUGGUGUUCGACUUCCCCAUUGACACGCUCGUUUGCUUGCAAGACAGCGUGCUGGCUUUCUGGAAGCACGGCCUAAAAGGGAGGAGCUUUCAUUCUACGGAGGUAACACAAGAAAUUACAGAUGAGAGCCGCAUAUUCAGAGUUUUGGGAACAAACAGGGACAUCAUUCUCCAGAGCACACCGACCAACGAGCCGUCAGCACUGAGCAACGUCUACAUUCUGACAGGCCACGAAAGCAGCUAUUGAAACUUGUCUCCAGCAAGUAGAGAAUGAGAAUAAUGCAUGUACAUAUAAUAACAGAAAAAAGCAUAAUGUACAUCCGAAAAAGGUAUUUACAGAACUUCACUUUUUCCUCAUUUUGUUAUGUUUACAGCCUUAUUCCAAAAUGGAUUCAAUUAAUUUUUUUUGCACUCAAAGUUCUACACACAACACCCCAUAAUAACAAUGUGGGGGGGGAAGUAUUUGUGCAAAUUUCUUUAAAAUACAUCCAUGCAGUAUAUUUAAAAAGUCCACACACCCCUGUUCAAAUUCCUGGGUUUGGUGGUAUAAAAGAAAUAAGCAUUUCAUCACUGCUUCCACCAUUAAUGUGAGCUAUAACCUGAACAACUCAACUGGGAAACAAAUAUUUUCAAUAAAAAUAAACCGCUUAGUAGUUAUGUUGUUGCAGAUGUGUUGCAAUCGCCGAUAACGGGAUGUGGAUGUGUUCAGAGUUUACCAAUCACAUUCAAAUUCAUGUUAAAUGGGGGUCAGUUGCAAACCUGCCACCAUUUAAAGUGCGUCAGAUUAACCCCAAAUAAAGUUCAUGUGUUCUAGUAGGCUUUUCCUGACAUGUUUGUAGUCGUAGAGAGCUUCCGCAGCAUCAGAGGGAUCUCAUUGUUGACCGGUAUCAGUCAGCAGAAGAGUACAGAGCGAGAAAGCAAAACAUGCCUAGAAAAGCCUGCUAGAACAAUGGCACUUUAUUUGGGGUUACUCACAGGCACUUUAAAUGGUGACAGCUGUGCUGACUCUCAUUUAACAGGAGUUUGAAUGUGACUGGUUAAAUCUGAACAUGGCCGCAUCCCACUUGUAAGAGGGUGUGCACAUUUAUGUAACCACAUUAUCUCAGUUUAUUUUGACUUCCCACUCCUGAAAAGAUAAUUUAAUUGAGUUGUACAGGUGAGAGUCGGGCUCUUUUUUAUUUUAUUUAUUUUUUAAAUUUAUUACACUGUAUCACAAAAACCUGGCAUUUGCACAGGGCUGUGUAGCCUUUUUAUAUCCAAUGUAGGCUGUUGGAAUUGUGUUCGUGAAGCAAUGUGAAUACUUUGCGCAUGCACCGUAUGCUUGAUCAAAAGUGAUGGUAUUUGUACAAGCGGUUGCAUGGGCCCUGAAGUUCUGAAGGCAUCCAAAUCGAGUUGAACUUGAAUGUACUCCCCGUAGACGUGUUAGCCUUACUGGAGCCACAUCGUUUCAUGCUGUACGCAGCAAUGGUUUGCACCGUUCCAGCCGACGAAACAACAUGUACUCGCACGUGGUUUUGUUUCAAUACAAAUAAAUAGAAUUAAAUGUCAUUUUAUUAGACAAGCAGGGAGCUGAGGCUCAUGCUAACUGUAAAUUUAUUACUUACCGAAACAUGGACGGCAAGUUUGUGAGUUAGAAUGUAUGUUCUCCUUCAUUAAAUGUUUUUGCAUCAUAUUUAUACUAUUUAUGGAACGUGCACUGUCAAGGUAAACACUCACCUAUCCCUGAGAGAUACUUGAACAUAGUUUGCGUGUAACCAUGUUUUGAAGGUCACUGUUCAUACAUUUAUAACAUUUUUACAUUAUGCCUGUAACUCAUAAAGAGGGGUUUUAUAUAACAGAAUAUUAUUGUUUUAAUGUCACUCCUAACCUCGACAGAUGAUGUGUCACACUGUUGGUAGAUACUGGGCCUUUAACGAAAUAUUGUACAUUGUAUCUCAAAUAAAAAUAAACCUGCUGU